AUGCCCUUGUCAAACCAAACCGAGCCUAACAUUCCCAUCGUGGAUUUCAAGCACUGGGACGAGAGACAUGGGCGUCAGCAGAUAGCUCAAAGUCUUGUCGACGGGUGUCGUGAUGUCGGCUUCGUAAACAUCAUCAACCACGGUAUAUCAGAAGCAGAAAUACAAGAAGCCUUCGACUGGACCAAGAGACUCUUUGACCUGACGCACGAAGAGAAGAUGCGUGCGCCUCAUCCACCGGGUCCAGACGUACAUCGUGGAUACUCAUAUCCAGGACUCGAGAAAGUCUCGCAGGUGUACGGUGUAGAUGCUGAUAGGGAACACGUCGGAAAAGCGCUGAGGGAAGUGAAAGAUUGCAAGGAAAGCUACGAGAUUGGCAGUGAAGACAACUCCUUCAUGCCAAACGUGUGGCUACCAGAAGAUGUCUUGCCUGGCUUUCGUGAUUUCGGCCUCUCAUUCUACUGGAAGUGUAACACAGUAGCUCAGAAGAUCCUCACGGCUCUUGCCACUGGUCUUCAACUGGACAGUGCUGACACGCUGACACAAGUGCACUCUGGCGACUACAAUCAAUUACGUCUGCUCCAUUAUCCGCCGAUCAAAGCAGAGGAGCUAGAGAAGCAGACAUCGGCAAGAAUGCCAGCACACUCGGAUUGGGGCUCGAUCACACUGCUCUUUCAGGAUGACUGUGGUGGUCUUCAGGUAGAAGACCCUCGCGAGAAAGGUCGGUUCAUAGAUGCUACCCCAAUCAAGAAUGGGCUCAUCAUGAACGUCGGCGAUAUGUUGAUGAGGUGGAGCAAUGCGGUAGACUACCUCAAGUCGACAUUGCAUCGCGUGACCUUGCCGCCUCUGUCUGACAGAUUCGAAGGGAAAGACAGGUUGACGCGCGAGAGAUACUCCAUCCCAUACUUCUUGACACCAGACAUGAAUACCGUGGUACAAUGUAUGGAGGCGUGCAAGAGAUUGACGGGAGCUCCCAAGUACGAGCCGGUCAAGGCAGGCGAGUAUCUUCAGAUGAGGGCCAAGCUGCAGUAUGAAGCAUGA